AUGAGCCUCUCGCACGAACAGCAACAGCGGUUGCACGACCAGAUCGCUCUCCUCCAGUCACAAGAAGCCAAGCUUGUGCUUGCCGAACUUAGCAACAACACCGCCUUCGAACUUGGUUUGCUCAUCCGAUCCGCAUUUCUCGACCAAUUCGAUCCAACGUCAGACGGCAUCGUCAUCUCGAUCGCGCUCUUCUCGGGGCAUACUCUCUUCUCCUGUGCGGUUGGAAACGCGUCCAAGCUCGGUCCAGACAACUGGGACUGGGUGAGACGCAAGAGCAACACCGUCCAGCGUUUCGGUCUUUCGAGCUUUCUGGUGGGCCGUCAACGUCUGCUCAAGGGCAAAGACCUUGACGGUUUGGGUCCUGACUAUGCUGCGCAUGGCGGAGGCUUUCCCAUUCGCAUCAACCGUCUCACCGCAGGUCCCGCCGGAGUCAUUGUCGUCUCCGGCCUCAAACAGGAAGACGACCACCAGCUCAUCGUCACCGCUCUCGAAAAAUUUUCGGCAAAUUCUAAUGUUGCUUGA